AUGAGUAUUACUAAGUUUAAAAAAGAGGAGUUAAAGGCUAUUGCCGAGGAGUUAAAAUUACCUAUACCUGAUAAUGCUAAAGUUCUAGAUUUAAGAGAGUUAAUACAGGAGAGUAAGAUUUAUAAAACAGAUAAAGAAUCGUAUCAAACUAUUGUUGACUGUGUACUUCAGGAAAUAAACGAGAGAAAAGAUAAACUUGAGCGGGAAAAAUUAGAAAACGAAAAUCGACUAGAAUUUGAGAGAAUUAAACUGUCCCAGUUAGAAAGGGAAUUAGAAAUUGCAAAAUUGCGUGAACAAUCUCGAGAGAUGUUCGGAUAUGUCGCUAGCGGAAGUGUAGAUGAGGAGGUGAAUAACAAAAUUCACUGUGGUUUAAUUCGAGAUAGUGAUUUAAAUACAACUUUAAAGACCUUUUGGGAGUUAGAAUCAAUAGGUGUCAAGGACGAGGGUAUUACUAGUGAGGAGGACAUGAAUUUAGAAUUGUUUAAGGAAAAUAUAUGUUUUAAAAAUGGUAGGUAUGAGGUGGGACUCCCGUGGAAAAGAGAUAGUAAUGAGUUGAGCGAUAAUUUUGAUUUAGCAAAAAGACGACUCAGCAGUCUUAUGAGAAAAAUGCAAAAUGAUAAGGUGUUGUAUUCUGAGUAUUGUAAAGUUUUAAAGGGUUACCUAGAUGAGGGGAUAAUUGAGAGGGUAACAAAUCCGUUUGCUUCAACAAAUAACCCAGUGUUUUAUCUUCCUCACCAAGUGAUAAUAAAAAAUGAAUCUCUAACAACAAAAUUACGUAUAGUUUUUGAUGCUAGUGCACAUGAAAUAGGACAAUUAUCGCUGAACGAUUGUUUACAUCAAGGAGUUAAUUUAAAUCCAAACAUUUUUGAUUUGUUGAUAUCCUUUCGCUUGAACAAAAUAGCCAUUUUAGCUGAUAUGGAAAAAGCCUUUCUCCAGAUUUCUUUGACUCCAAAAGAUAAAGACGCAGUUAGGUUUCUUGUGGCUAACAGUGAAAACGAUGUUCAAGUGUAUAGAUUCAAUCGAGUUCUUUUUGGUGUGAACUCGUCUCCAAUUCUAUUGGCCGCAACUAUAAAAACCCAUAUUGAGAAAUAUAAGGAACAAUAUCCCGUUACUGUUCGGAGACUCGAUAAUUGUUUUUACGUGGACGAUCUCGUCGCUGGUGAAGACGACGUAUCAUCAGCAUUUGACUUGUCAAACACAGCAGCAAAAAUCAUGGAUGAUGCAGGGAUGAAUUUGCGGAAGUGGAUUUCAAAUGACUGUGAUUUAAUAAAACAAUGGCAGACAGAACAUUUCGACCAUUUAAAUAUUAACGAUUUCGUGAACCAACCACAUCGUGUUUUGGGACUUUCUUGGAGUCCUCAAAAUGACUAUGUUAGUCUUAAUUUAAAAGGUCUAUUGGACUUCCUUCUGAAAAGGAAAAAUACUAAACGAUUCUUGUUGAUGGCCGCAGGCAGAAUAUUUGAUCCAAUGGGAUUUGUAUCCCCCUUCACUAUAAGAUUUAAAAUUUUAUUUCAAGAAAUCUGGCAAAGUAAAACAGACUGGGACGAAGAGUUACUGCCAGAUGUUAAUGAGAACAUUAAAGCGUAUGGAGCUGUCUCAGAUUUAAGACUGAAAACUCCUAACAAAAUUUGUGUGUAUCUUUUAGAUUCAAAAUGCCGUGUGGCUCCUCUAAAGCCAUUAUCCCUUCCACGUUUGGAAUUAAUGGGUGCGUUACUUGCUGCGAGAUUGGCAAAAGAAGUAUCAAGAGUCCUCAGUGAGAAAAUACCAGCAACCAACCACUUUUGGACAGAUUCCACUAUAGCCUUGAGUUGGAUUCAAGGUUCCAGCAGCAGAUGGAAAGUCUUUGUCGCCAAUCGUGUGAAGGAAAUACAAUCCUUGACAAACAAAGAUACGUGGCACCAUUGUCCUGGAAAGAACAAUCCAUCUAAUCUUCUUACGAGAGGCAUCAGCGCCGACUCAUUGUUGAACCGUGAGAAGUGGUGGAAUGGACCGAGUUUCCUACAUGAAGAAAACAUUGUCCCUAAAAAUGAUGACGUGAUACUUAGUGAUGACAGUGUGUGUCAGGAAGAACUAAAAUCGUUCGUCGAUAAUUGUAAGCAACCAUUUAACAAACAAAUUGGACCAUUGAAGAUAUCCGAAGUCCAACGAGCGGAAACUACGCUUGUGAAGUUGGUGCAACAGGUAGAAUUUGAAUCAGAAUUAAAGGACUUGUCCACUAAGGGUAUGGUUAGCCCUCAAAACAAUGCUUCCAACUUUGUAGGCACACAAUUAGAGUUAAAGAGACUGAGAAAAAUUCUGAGUAAUAGUAACAAUAAUAUGAGUAAAUUUUUGUGUGAUGAACGUGUUGAGUGGAGUUUCAUUCCACCAAGAGCACCAAAUCAUAGAGGCCUCUGGGAGGCUGGAGUCAAGGCCGUCAAAUAUCAUAUAAAACGAAUUAUGGGUAAUUUAAAAUUCACUUAUGAAGAAUUUUUAACGAUUCUUAACCAGAUUGAGGGAAUUCUCAACUCACGUCCCCUCUACCCUUUAUCAUGUGACCCUAACGAUUUUGAUGUUUUGACUCCUGGUCAUUUCCUUGUUGGUCGUCCGAUUUCAGCAAUUGUUGAACCGAGUUUAACUGAACUGCCUGAUAACAGGUUAAAGCAAAGUGCAAACAUGGUUAAUUGCUCCUAA